AUGGAUACUAACGCCGACACUUGUUGCCUUGGCAAGAACUUUGUCAUCAUGAGCUACACACCAAGAUUGGCCAAUGUGUACGCGUACGACCCAGCUCUACCACCAACCAAUGUACCAAUUGUAUCUGGGGCGACCGCUUAUGACUGCCCACAGAGCGGCAACACGUUCAUAUUGAUAUUCAACAAAGCACUUUACUAUGGGAACCGGUUAGAUCAUUCAUUGAUCAACCCAAACCAAGUCCGCAAGUUCGGAAUUCCCCUAUGGGACAAUCCGUUUGAUGAGGUGAGGAAUAUUGGCAUCAAAACUAAGCCAAUAUUCGUUGCACUCAAGGCAAACUAUUUGAUUCAAGGGCCGCAACUGAUCAAGAACUUGCAAAUUGCCCCCACAUUGAUAUGA